CCGCGGCGAGGUGUUGGGGAGCCAGGCUGGGAGCGGGACCCGCCGGGGAGCGCGGACCGGAGUGAGGGCAGUCUGCGUGUGUGUGUGUCUGCGGCUGGAGCGCAGAGCCGGGCAGUUCCUCGCCAUGAAGCUUCUCCUAGGCGUUGCGCUCCUGUGCUGGACCCGCGGACAUGACCAGAAGUGUGACUAUAACCACUACUGAAGGGAUGUUUGAAAAAGCCAAGGGGGAAACAGUUCAUUUGCCUUGCAAAUUUACAAUUGCGCCAGAAGACCAAGAACCACUACACAUUGAAUGGAUUAAAUCACCAGCUGAUAACCAAAGGGUUGACCAAGAGAUAAUUUUAUAUUCAGGAGGCAACGUUUAUGAUAUAUAUUCCGAAGAUCUAAAAGGACGAGUUUAUUUUACAAGCAGUGAUCCCAAAUUAGGUGAUGCAUCAAUAAAUAUAACAAAUUUACAAUUAUCAGAUAUGGGCACAUAUCAAUGCAAAGUAAAAAAACUUCCUGGUGUUGCAAACAAAAAGAUGCAGCUUUCUGUGCUUGUUAAGCCUUCAGGAACAAGAUGUUACAUUGAUGGAUCAUCAGAGAUUGGCAGUGAUUUUAAAAUAAGAUGUGAAUCAGGAGAAGGUUCACUUCCUUUAUACUAUGAAUGGCAAAAAUUGCCCACCACAGAAAAAUUUCCUCCUGUGUCGUUUUCAGAUCUCGACCCAUCUGUUAUUUCUAUACGAAAUGCCACUACAGAGUACUCUGGCACAUACAGCUGUACAGUUAAAAACAGAGUUGGUGUUGAUCAAUGCCUUUUGAGGGUGAAUGUUGUUCCUCCUUCAAACACUGCUGGUACAAUUGCUGGAGCUGUCAUAGGAACUUUGUGUGCCCUGUUGCUGUUGGGUCUUCUAAUCUUUUGCUGCUGUAAAAAACACAAGGAGGAAAAAUAUGAAAAAGAAGUUCAUCAUGAUAUCAGAGAGGAUGUUCCUCCUCCAAAGAGCCGUACAUCUACAGCCAGAAGCUACGUUGGUAGCAAUCAUUCAUCUCUGGGAUCGAUGUCUCCUUCCAACAUAGAAGGCUAUUCCAAAGCUCAGUAUAACCAAGUACCAGGUGAAGACUUUGAUCGUACUCCACAGAGCCCGAGUUUCCAACCGACUAAAGUGGCAGCAUCUAAUCUAAGUAGAAUGGGAGCUAUUCCUGUGAUGAUACCAGCGCAAAGCAAAGAUGGGUCAAUAGUAUAAAGCAUCUCAAACUUUGUUUCUUCAGACUUUUUUCUUCUCUGAUAAUAGGAAAAAGCUGCCAACCUAGAAAUUGCUUUUGAAGAAAUAGAAUAAUUUAAACUGGACUAAUAAAAAGAUAAUCUUCAGGAAACAUUAUUUAAUUGACAAAAGUUUGAAUCCUACAUCAGACACUUAAAAACGACAAGUCAUGCAACUUUUUUUUAGCUUAUUUCCUCAUCUGUUUCACAGAGUUGUUGUGAGGAACAAAUGCUACAUAUGUAGAGUGCUUUGUGAAUUUUAAAGUAUUACAUAAAUACUAACUAUUGUUAUCACAAAGAGAUCAGAUAAAAUCUUAUGGUAGAGGAGGGGGUAGAAUUAAAUAUCCAAAUGAAAGAGUAUUUUCUUAGGUUCCUUUAGAAACAACUGAUUUCACUGAUAUUUAAUGUCUACUAUUCUAUAUGUAUACCAAGAAAAACAAGAUUUGCUGUUUCUGUUUUCUCAGCCAUUUUCUGUAACAAGCUAUAUAAGCCCUACAAAAAUUUGAAGAGAAUGUCAAAAAUAACUAAUUUGAAAUUGUAAAAUUACUGUUUUUGGAAUCAGUUUAAGUGAAGGGUGUGUCUUGAACAUCUUACUGAAAGAAUACCAGCAAUGACUAGGUGAGCUAGCUGAGCUCUGUCAUCUAAUUAAUUUGGUGAAAUGAUUUCUUUAAAUGUUUUAACACAUGGAAAUACUACAAGAGAGUAGUUAAUUGUGUUUUUGCUUUCUGGCUAUAUUUAGCAAUAAAGGAGCAGCUGGCAGACUCUACUAGUGCACUGUUCUUUUUAAAGAAGUCAGAUAUAUGGCAUUGGUUUUUAUGAAAAGCCAUCCACACUAUUAUCUAGUCUACCUCGUUUGGCCAGCAACGAACAUUUUACCCACAACGAUCAGGACUGCAAAUUAGGGGAUGCAGUGUGUUAAGGAACAUGGUUUGUUGCCAUAUGUGGUUUUAAUAUUUGAAGUAGCUAGCCCAGACUGAUUAGAUGGGGUUGUACCUGCACCCUUUUCAUUUGGCUGCCUGCUUCAUUCAGGCUAUGUUUAUGUGAAUAAAAUAAUUACUAAUGUGAUUUGUUUUGUAAUACAAUUAUAGAAUAAGCCUAUCAGACCUACAUAAGAGUUUGUUUUUUUCUGGCACAUUUUUCCCCCAGAAAUAUGUGCACCCAUAUUUUCCUUCUUGAAUCAAAUUCCUGGUAGAGACUUUUUUAAAAAACCUCCAGAAAGUUUACUUUUGAAAAGAUGAAUCUUUUCCUCCACUAAUAUUGUAAAUUAAUACUUUAUAGCUUGUAUGUUACUGUCUUGCAGAAGUAGCUUUGUGUGAUACUAGUAGAGAAGUUGAGGUUUGGGAAAUUUUCCUACUUAGUUUUGUGAAAAUUAAUCAUUUUUAGCAAACUUAAGAAAAAAAAAUUUUUAACACUAGUAUGUUAGAAACAAGAAAACUAAUUUUAUUAGAAAAAGUGUCUCUGCUGCUCUUUUUCUUAAGAUUUUAAUGACUGUGCUAGGACUUCAGUUCUUUAGCAAAUAAGAUCUGCUUUUUGUUAACUCCAACACUUUUUUUUCCCAUAGAUUUUCAUAAGAACUUCGUUCUUGAUAAAUUGAGUGGUUUGGUUGUAAAUACUACAUAUAAAUAAAUGUUGUUCUGAACCUAGAAUUAAGUACUGUAUCCUGUGUAUAACUAAAUGGUUAUAAUGUUUAACUUUAAUUUUUUUAUAUGUAUGGUUUUUACCAUACUCUGUUAGAGCUAAGAGAAAUUUUCAUCUGUGCCUUUACAGUAAACUCAUUUAUCAAGUAUUUUGUGCCCAUGAACUAUCACAUAAAAGGUGCUUGGGGGGUGGGAGGGAGUGAAGGUACUGUUUUUUAAAAAAGUAUAUCACUGUGAUACCUUUCUACUUUGCUUUUAAUACUGCCUUUUUUCUAUGUGUCCUUAAUAUUGUUUAAAUAUAUUGAAGGAAUUAGUUUUUUGUUAUAUUUCUAAUACCCAGUGCUAUUUUCUUAUGUUCCCUGUGUUCAUAUUUCUUUUGACUGCUAGAAGUUUAGGACUAAUAAUAAAAUUAGUGUAGGAAAUUUAUUAUGAAACAGUAACUUCAAGAUUUGAUCUUUGUCUUCUACUAAAGAGCUAUCUGAACACUAGAAAUCACCUUUAGGUAUAAUGUUUGGAUAAUAUAUAAGGUUGAUCAUCCCUUCCUGGAGAGGUUUUUUUUUCCCAGCUUAAAUAAAACACUAGACCUAACCCUGGGGGAAUUAGCCAGGAACCAGCAUUCAAAAUUUUAAAGAAAUUUUUCAUUUGUAUGUUCUUUUUAAGGCUUUUUUUUUU